GACAAAAAUCAGUAGUGAGGACAUUGGUGAACUUGGUCGCUUAAGGAAAAAAAAAAUUCAGGUGACAAACAGCAUGUUUGGUGCUUCAAGAAAGAAGUUUGUAGAGGGGGUCGACAGUGACUACCACGAUGAAAACAUGUACUACAGCCAGUCUUCAAUGUUCCCACAUCGGUCGGAAAAAGAUAUGCUGGCAUCACCAUCAACAUCAGGUCAGCUGUCUCAAUUUGGGGCAAGUUUAUACGGGCAACAAAGUGCACUAGGCCUUCCAAUGAGGGGAAUGAGCAACAAUACCCCUCAGUUAAAUCGCAGCUUAUCACAAGGCACUCAGUUACCGAGCCACGUAACGCCAACAACAGGGGUACCAACAAUGUCACUUCACACGCCUCCAUCUCCGAGCAGGGGUAUAUUGCCUAUGAAUCCUAGGAAUAUGAUGAACCACUCCCAGGUUGGUCAGGGCAUUGGAAUUCCCAGCAGGACAAACAGCAUGAGCAGUUCAGGGUUAGGCAGCCCCAACAGAAGCUCGCCUAGCAUAAUAUGUAUGCCAAAGCAGCAACCCUCUCGACAACCUUUUACUGUGAACAGUAUGUCUGGAUUUGGAAUGAACAGGAAUCAGGCAUUUGGAAUGAAUAACUCCUUAUCAAGUAACAUUUUUAAUGGAACAGAUGGAAGUGAAAAUGUGACAGGACUGGACCUUUCAGAUUUUCCAGCACUAGCAGACAGAAAUAGAAGAGAAGGAAGUGGCAACCCAACUCCAUUAAUAAACCCAUUAGCUGGAAGGGCUCCCUAUGUCGGAAUGGUAACAAAACCAGCAAGUGAGCAAUCCCAGGACUUCUCAAUACACAAUGAAGAUUUUCCAGCAUUACCAGGCUCCAGUUACAAAGAUCCAACAUCAAGUAAUGAUGACAGUAAAUCUAAUUUGAGUACAUCAGGCAAAACAUCUUCUAGUGCAGACGGACCCAAAUUCCCUGGAGAUAAAAGUUCAACAACGCAAAACAACAACCAGCAGAAAAAGGGGAUCCAGGUGCUACCUGAUGGUCGGGUUACCAACAUUCCUCAAGGGAUGGUGACGGACCAGUUUGGAAUGAUUGGCUUGUUAACAUUCAUCAGGGCAGCAGAGACGGACCCAGGAAUGGUACAUCUUGCAUUAGGAAGUGACUUAACAACACUAGGUCUCAAUCUCAACUCUCCUGAAAAUCUCUACCCCAAAUUUGCAUCACCUUGGGCAUCCUCGCCUUGUCGACCUCAAGACAUAGACUUCCAUGUUCCAUCUGAAUACUUAACGAACAUUCACAUUAGGGAUAAGCUGGCUGCAAUAAAACUUGGCCGAUAUGGAGAAGAUCUACUGUUUUAUCUCUAUUACAUGAAUGGAGGAGAUGUAUUACAGCUAUUAGCAGCAGUAGAACUAUUUAACCGUGAUUGGAGAUACCACAAAGAAGAACGAGUAUGGAUCACCAGGGCACCAGGCAUGGAGCCAACAAUGAAAACCAAUACAUAUGAGAGGGGAACAUAUUACUUCUUUGACUGUCUUAACUGGAGGAAAGUAGCUAAGGAGUUCCAUCUGGAAUAUGACAAAUUAGAAGAAAGGCCUCAUCUGCCAUCAACCUUCAACUACAACCCUGCUCAGCAAGCCUUCUAAAGACUUCCCUUUUCUUGGGGUAUGGCUGUCUCAGCACAAUACUCAACAUAACUGCAGAACUGAUGUGGCUCAGGCAUCCUGGUUUUAAUUCCUUGAGGAUCUGGCAAUUGGCUCAUGCAAAGGGUCACCAUUUGAGGUCCUGCCUUACUAAUUAUGUGCUGCCCAACAACUAAAUUUGUAAUUUGUUUUUCUUUAGUUUGAGCAGGGUCUGAAUUUGUUUUUGUUUAUUUUAUUUUAUUUUUUGCCAGCAGACAAGCUUGGGUCUAAAGACAAGCGAAUACACUGUCAAAAAUUUACCACUUAGUUUCCAAAAUGUGUAUAAAAAAAAAAAAAGGCAAAGACAAAAUUAGACAAUUUGCAUUGUUCAUUGUAGCACUAUUGGUAAUAAAAAAUGUUUGUGCAUUUUUAUGUGAAGAUCCUUCUCGUAUUUCAUUUGGAAAGAUGAGCAAGGUCUGCUUCCUUCAUUUUACUUCCCCUUAUGUUUUUGAAAGGCAGUUUUCGCCAAGCUUAAUGCAAGAAUAUCUGACUGUUUAGAAGAAAGAUAUUGCCACAACCUCUGGUUAGUUUCCAGGGUUGUGUAUUACUGAGCUUCAUCUUUCCAGAAUGAGCAAAACACUGUCCAGUCUUUGUUACAAUUUUGUAAUAAAUGUGUACAUUUUUUUUAAAUUUUUGGACAUCACAUGAAUAAAGGUAUGUAUGUACGAAUGUGUAUAUAUUAUAUAUAUGACAUCUAUUUUGGAAAAUGUUUGCCCUGCUGUACCUCAUUUUUAGGAGGU